AUGCCCUUCGAGCUCACGCCGACGCUCCGCGGUGCUGCGGGCCGUUACUGCGCCGCCUGCAGCGACGAGGACUCCGCGGCGCUCCGCCGGUACACGCGUCAGGACGCACGUGAGAUCUCGCUCACCGACGUGCAGCUGCUCUCGCGGGCGCUCCGGCGGUUGCCGCGGCCAGAGGCGGGAGCGUCGGACGCGGCGGUGUGGGUGCACGAGCUGCUGCAGGGCGCCGCGCCCGUCCUCCCCGAGUUCAAGCGCGACCGCACGCCCCACCCUGAGCUCGAGCCGCGGCUGCAGCAGCUGCGCGCUGCGGCAGAGAAUCGCGAGUACGCGGCGAUGGUGAGCGACGUGUGCUGCGAGGAGGGCGACGGGCGCGACGCUGCCGAGAUGAACACCUAUCGCUCGCAGCUCGCGGUGGGCGCCAACUUGCUCGUCUCGAUGGGCACGAUGUUCGCGGUCGGCUACUGGGCGGGCGGCACCGAGGAGGAGCCGCACGGCCCGCGCGCGGCGAUGUGCGGGCUGGCGUGCUGCAUCGUGACGAUGGUGGUCGAGAUGACCCUCUUCGUCAUCGGCGCCUCGAGAGUUGACGCCAAGCAGGACGAGCGCGCGAGGAAGGCGCGGAGAGGGCAGUCCGACCUGACCCGGCUGCGCGAGUUUUACCCGCGGGAGGUGGGCCCGUCCAAGCGCGGCACGUCGCAGUUCAGCCGCACCAGACUCAAGCAGUUCUGA